AUGUCCGGAUUACCCCCACAACCACCCACCUUCUACCCGCCAACCUAUGCGACUUCCGCCGCCCUCUCGCACAACUGGUCCGAAGGCGUGCCCGUCGACGGGUCCGGCGCACCCUCUUCUGCGCGCGGCUACUCCGACUCGCCCGCGCUCGACUCGUACCAAGGCUCUGAAGCGCCCGAGGCGGGUCCAUCGGGGUCCGGGAGCGGAGGGGGAGGCGGAAACAAGGGCAAGCGAGCUGCCGAGGGAGGAGGGGACGGACAGCCGCCGGAGAAGAAGAAGGCGACGAGGGGAGCGAGGGCGUGCACCAAAUGCAGGGCGUUCAAGAUGAGGUGCACCGGGGGAGAGAACGGGCCGCCGUGCGACAGGUGCAAGAAGGGAGGGCACGAGUGCAUCUUCGAAGAGAGCCAGCGCGGCAAGCGGAGCAACCGCAAGACAGACGCGAUGGCCAAGUCGCUCAAGUCGAUGGAAGCGAAACUCGAGUCGGUCCUCGCAUCCAUCUCGAACCCUGGUCUGCUCGCCGGUUCGGGCGGCCUCGUCACCGACGUCUCCCAGCGCCUCCCUCCCGCUCCGCUCGACUCGGGACCCUUCGGCGCCGAAGGACGCGGAGACGUCCAUGUCGGCGUCGACCCAGGUGUCGUCGCUUCAGCUCUCGAGCAGAUACGCUCAGGUCGGUCUGGUACGCCCGCGACUGUACCCGGCACGAGUGCUGGCGCUUCGCGUCCUACACUCGCCGCGACUUCAGGCCGUCAAGACUCGGAAUCCGCAAUCACUCGCCGCGAACCGAUCCUCCUCCCCUCGAUCGCGCAGACCCAAGGCGCGCAAUACGACGUCGGCGGCGGCGUCGGACCAUACGCCGAAAUCGGUCCCAGCAGGACCGGCGGCCACCCGUUGCACACUUCCGCUCCGAUGGCUCAUCCGCACCCGAUUGCCCACCCUCACGUACACCACCACGUGCACUUUUCGCCCGGCACGGCAAACGGGCAUGGGAUGGCCCUUCCGCCUGUUUCGAGCGCUGGAGGAGGGGCGAGGACGGUCAGCGUUGCGGGGAGCAGUACGAGCAAGAGUAGCCCGAUGGAGUGGAGCGGCGUCAAGGAUCCGAAUGCGACGGAUGGUAGCCCGAGACUGCAUUCGUUGCCGGACAACACGCUCAAUCCUCUCGGCCUCCUUGCUGAAGCUUCGCUUCGCAAUACCCGCAAACGCCCUGUCGACCUAACGGAAGAGUACGACGUGACAGCUGGCGACGACGGGGAAGCGAACGGCGUGGCCGGAGCAGGCGGGAAAGGGAAAGGGAAGGGUAAGGGCAAGGGGAAGGGGAAGAAGGGCUCUGCGGGAGCUGAGGGAGCAGAGGGAGCGAAGGAGAAGGGCAAGGAGGGGGAGAAGGAUGAGGGAGCAGGAUCGGGAGAUGAGGAUGGCGCGGGGAGGAAGAAGAAGAAGGAGCUGGGCAUGGCCAACAGGAAUUAUUUCGCGCCCGGACCGAUGAACAUCCUCCCCCUCCGCCGCAUCGUCAUCGAGCAGCGCAUGCCGCCCGCCCUCCUCGAAGAGAAGAUCCUCUCGGUCGAAGAAGUCGUCGAGCUCUUCGCCCUGUUCUUCGAGCACUGCGCGCGCCACUGCCCCUUCCUCGACCCCGAGAUCCACACGCCUGCCGCGACCGGUUCUCGCAGUCCGUUCCUCUUCACCUGCAUCUGCACCGUCGCCUCGCGGUACUAUACCAAGCGCAAAGACGACCUCUACCGCAAGUGUCUCCGGAUCGCCAAGCGCGUCGCGUUCGACGUCAUGAGCAAGGGAUACAAGAGCACCGAGAUUUGUCAGGGCUUCUUGUUGCUUUGUAACUGGAACCAGCCGGCCGAGCGGUUUGAGGAGGAGAGGACUUACCAAUUCAGCGGCCUCGCAAUUCGCAUGGCGACCGACCUCAACCUGCACCGCAAGACGAUCGCGCAGCUCCCACCCGACGUCGGCGAGGAGACCAAGGUCCUGUACGAGCGCGAGUUGCUCAACCGCGAGCGGGCGUGGAUCUACUCGUUCAUCAUCGACCGAUCCGUCGCGACCCAGAUGGGCAAGCCGGCGAUGAUCAGCAAGGAGGACUUUAUCGUUCGCAACGCCUCCGUCUGGCAUCGUCAGCCCGGCACGAUGGCGUCCGACUCGGGCUUGAGCGCGAUGGUCGAGCUCCUCCGCAUCGUUAGCCGCAUGAUCGAUGUCCUCUACUCCGACACCCGCUCCGUCUCCGGCCUAAACGCACACCUCGACUACCUCAUGCUCAUCCGCGCCUUCCUCCAACAACUCGACCAAUGGCGGCAAGACUGGAGCGACCCGGUCCUCAUCUCGUCCGAUCCGGACAACCACUCCCUCACCGCCCGCGCUCUCAUGCGAGACUACUACUGGGACUACUACCGCCUCUUCCUCCUCUCGUUUGCCGUCCAGCACGCCCUCGACGACCCCGCCUCAAAGAUCGACUUGCCGAGCUACUGCGUCUUGUGCUUCGAGAGCGCCGAGCGCAUGAUCGUCCUCCUGCGCGACUUUUUCGGUCCGCAAGGUAUCCUCCGUUAUGCAAUCGACUCGACCUUUGUCUACGCGACCUACGCCGCCGUCUUCCUCCUCAAGCUCGUCUCGCCGACGUUCGCCUCGUUCAUCGAUGAGCAGGCGGCGAUGAAGCUCGUCAGGGAGCUCGCCGACACGCUCGAAGCGGCAGCAGUAGACGAGCAGCACACUCCGGCGCUCUACGCCUCGUUCCUCCGCAUGCUCAUCGACAACAAGCUGAACGGUCCCCGCACCGCCACGAACUCUCGCGCGCCGACUCGUCCUGGCUCGCCCGUCCCCGGCUCGAUGAACGGCGGCAUCUUCGUCAACGACACUUCCGCCAUGAGCGGCAUGCAUGGCGCUUCGAACGGCAACACUGGUCUCGACUCGUUCCUCAAGUCGCGUGCGCCAUCGGUCGGGCCAGAAGGGAUGAACGGGAUGGGCGGCAACGACUUUGGCAUCAACCUGGGCUUCCCCGCCGAGCUUGGCGGGACGGGUGCUUUCAACUUUGGCGGCGAGCUUGGCGGAACGGGCGACGGCAACCUCGAUUCGCUCAUGGUCGACAACGUCCUUGAUGCCAGCGGGUUCUGGUCGUCGAUGCUCAUGCCCGGUUUCGGAGGAGCGUCCGUUGGUCUCUCGGGAGGAUCGGGAACCGUGCUCUCCGGCGCAGCAGGCGACCCUUUCUCCGUCACGCCCUUCCACUCACGACCCGCCAGCCCGUCGCACGGAGCUAGCACGAACAACGGCGCCACUUCCGGUGCCGUCGCUCCUGCGGCCGAGGCGCCCGCUCCCGCUGCGACCGAGAUCGCUAAACAGACGGCGCCUGCGAUCGAGGCGCCAAGCACGCAGCCGCAAGUGGAGGUGAAGCAGGAGGCGCAGGAGGCUCAGGCGGCGGAGGACGGCGAGAAACCGGCGGACGCGGCUUGA